AUGGAGGAGCCUGCGCCCGCCGCCUCGGCCCAGCCCGCGGGCUCCUGCAAGCCGCACCUGGAGAAGCUGACUCUGGGGGUGACGCGCAUCCUGGAAUCAUCUCCAGGUGUGACAGAGGUGACCAUCACAGAAAAGCCACCUGCUGAACGUCACAUGAUCUCUUCAUGGGAACAAAGAAAUAACUGUACCCUGCCUGAGGACGUGAAGAAUUUCUACCUGGUGACCAAUGGCUUCCACAUGACAUGGAGUGUGAAGCUGGACGACCACAGCAUCCCAUUGGGCAACAUGGCAAUUAAUAGUAUCACAAAACUGACUCAACUCAACCAGACUUCCAUGUACUCACUUCCUAAUGCACCAACUCUGGCUGACCUGGAGGACGAUACACAAGAAGACAGUGAGAACCAGCCUGCGAAGCCCCACUUUGACUCUCGCAGUGUGAUAUUUGAGCUGGACCCUUGCAACGGGAAUGGGAAGGUUUGCCUCGUCUACAAAAAAGGGAAACCAGCAUUAGCAAAAGACUCUGAGAUCUGGUUCCUGGACAGAGCACUGUACUGGCAUUUCCUCACAGACACCUUCACCGCCUAUUACCGCCUGCUUCUCACGCACCUGGGCCUGCCUCAGUGGCAGUACGCCUUCACCAGCUAUGGCAUUAGCCCACAGGCCAAGCAAUGGUUCAACAUGUACAAGCCCAUCACCUACAACACGAGCCUGCUCACUGAAGAAACCGAUUCCUUUGUGAACAAGCUGGAUCCCAGCAAAGUGUUCAGGAGCAAGAACAAGAUGUUAAUCCCAAAAAAGAAAGGGCCUGUUCCAUCUGCAGGCAGCCAGAAAGGGCCCUCGGGUCCUCCCUCCGCCCCCUCCACCCCUAAGUCCACCUCUGGCUCCGGAAACCCUGUGCGGAAAUGA